UACCCAGUACCCUUUAUAAACAAGUUGAAAUCAUCGCAGAAGGAUAAAGUUCGUCAGUUUAUGAUCUUCACACAGUCUAGUGAAAAAACUGCAGUAAGUUGUCUGUCUCAAAAUGACUGGAAGUUAGAUGUUGCAACAGAUAAUUUUUUCCAAAAUCCUGAACUUUAUAUACGAGAAAGUGUAAAAGGAUCACUGGACAGGAAGAAGUUAGAGCAACUGUACAAUAGGUACAAAGAUCCUCAAGAUGAAAAUAAAAUUGGAAUAGACGGUAUACAGCAGUUCUGUGAUGACCUGGCACUCGACCCCGCCAGCAUCAGCGUGUUGAUUAUAGCAUGGAAGUUCAGAGCAGCAACACAAUGCGAGUUCUCCAAACAGGAGUUCAUGGACGGCAUGACGGAAUUAGGAUGUGACAGCAUAGAAAAACUAAAGGCCCAGAUACCGAAGAUGGAACAAGAAUUGAAAGAACCAGGACGAUUUAAGGAUUUUUACCAGUUUACUUUUAAUUUUGCAAAGAAUCCAGGACAAAAAGGAUUAGAGGGCACGUGUGCUUGCUGGAGAGAGACAGAGAAAGACACACAGAGGGAAAGUGAUGAAGCACACGUCCCGUGGAUGAUGGUCAUGCUACGAUCCCGUCUCCAUUUCUCCCACCCCUCAGGAUUUGGGGCAUAUUUAGAAAUGGCCAUUGCUUACUGGAACUUAGUGCUUAAUGGAAGAUUUAAAUUCUUAGACUUAUGGAAUAAAUUUUUGUUGGAACAUCAUAAACGAUCAAUACCGAAAGAUACUUGGAAUCUUCUUUUAGACUUCAGUACAAUGAUUGCAGAUGACAUGUCUAAUUAUGAUGAGGAAGGAGCAUGGCCUGUUCUUAUUGAUGACUUUGUGGAAUUUGCACGCCCUCAAAUUGCUGGGACAAAAAGUACCACAGUGUAGCACUAAAGGAACCUUCUAGAAUGUACAUAGUCUGUACAAUAAAUACAACGGAAAAUUGCACAGUCAAUUUCUGCUGGCUGGACUGAACUGAAGAUCAAUCCUCACAAUUCCAACUGAGGGUUGAGACAAAACUUUAAGGAUACAUCUUGGACCAUAUCGUAUUUCAUUCUUCUAAUGGUGGUUUGGGCUUGUCUUCUAGUCUGGGCCGCUCUAAACAUUUAUAAUUCCGACAUUGUGGAUUUCAUCUUAUAUCUGUGGACCAUCCUAGCUUAUUCUCCCAUAAGUCUUAGAAGCUUUAUGGUGAUUAUUUUGAGGUUUCCAUUCUGGCAUAAAGCACAAUGCUGUCUUCAUCAGAAAACAGUUUGGCCUAAGAAUUAAACAUAUGAACAUCACAAACAAUUUAUAAAAACUUCUUAAAUAUAUGCUUUGGGCUAGUUGCAAAGACUAUGCUGACAGCACUUCCAGUGAGAGUGAUGUAUUUAAGUGUACCGGAUCUGAAAUGGUGUUUUGGUUUGGGGGGAUUUGUUUUUUCCUUUUUCUUUUUUUUGCCUGGCAAAUCACAUGCAUUGUUGAUAUGAGUAGAGUAUCUGAUGAAAAAAAUUUCAAAAUAACCAACGUAAAACAUUUUUAGGAUAACUCAGUGCCUACCUGAAAAAUGUAUUGUGUUUAGACUCUUGAUUUCCAAAGGUUCCACAGAACUUCUCUGCACUGACCUGACCCGUGUUUAUCGCCAGUCCUGCAGGAGUCUUUAUUUAGCAAAUGUCUGCGUAAUGUCAGCCCACUCCCGUGUCCAUUACUCGCCACGUCACCGGGUUUCACUGCGCUUUUGAAAUGCUCCUGUGCCUGUCAAAUAAGUUAAACUAUUUAAUUUGUUUUGAAUGUUUUGGAUUGCUACACAAUACAAUAUUCUAAAUUUAGGCAUGGGGGCUUAUUUUUUUGUUUUAUUUUGGUUUGUUUUUUGGUUUUUUGUUUUUGGUGGGUUUCUGGGGGGUCAUCGAACUAUGGAAAACAAAUGAAAUUCUCUUAAUUUAUAAGAAGAUAGUAGGAAUUAAAAUUUGCAAGUGGUUGUGAUGAGCCAUGAAGUUCAACCUUUAUAAUAUACAGGUACUGCUCUUUCAGACAAAUAGUCCGUUUUUGAUGACUUCUUAUUUUGUUGAAAUUACUUUAGCUUCUAAUCAUUGUGAUUGCCAAAUAUUUACUUCAGAAGCAAAGAUAUUUGAACAAGCAUACACUUGAUGCAAAUACCAAUCUGGCUCUACUUUCGUAAAUUAUCUAAAGUCUUUAUUCUCUGUCUCACUCAGAUUAGCUUAGUUUUCACAUCAAAGCAGAAUGCUGUCUCAUGUGUCUUUUUUUUUCAUUACAAGACUAAUGAACUGCUUUCAUGCUGGAAAUGCUCAUGUCUGUUCACUUACUAGCAUGUGAAGAAGAGGUUUAUUGCCUUUUUAAACAUUUCUAUAGGGCAGGUUAAAAAUACAAAACUUCAAGUGUUGGAUGACUGAUCUUUCAUAGGAAUAGAUUUUGCUCAGUAUCUUGAGGCUCUCACUAAGGUUUCAUAUUAAUAUGAAAAGGGAAUGUACUUCAGAAUAGCAUUAAGGCAGUGAUUUUAAGAAACAAUAAUGUUAAAACUGCUUAUUUACAUGAUUUCGAGAUUGACUAGAAAGAAGAUUUCUCCCUAGAUAUUAUAGUAAUAUUCCAAUCAUAACUUUAAUUCAAGAAUGCAAUUCUACUGAAAGAAAAUUUGAAAUUUUCUAUUUAGGUUGCCGGAAUUGGUUAUUAAAAGAAAAAGAAAAAAAUAACUCUGCUGCUUUCAGUAUUUCCUGAUUUCAUUUUUAUAACUAUAAGAGGAAGUUCAAUUAUGAAAAAUUUAAAAAAGAUGUAUAUACACACAUAUAUACACAUACGUGUGUGUGUGUAUUUGAUAAUGUAAUGAGAUAUAUAGACACACACUGUUUUGUUUUCUGUCUUAAAGAUUUUGAGUUAUGAUAUUUUUUCAGAUUGGUUAAUUCAAGUAUGCUGUGUUUUGAAAUGAGAUCCCAUUAGGGUUUGUUUUUUUUUUUUUCAAUAUAAAUUGUUUUUCAUAAAAGCCUAAUAUUGGUUUAUGGCCUAGUGCCUUGGGGUUUUACAGAUUUUUCCUUUUAAAUGCAAGACCUUUUCAACAAAAUAGUGUUUGUCAUCAGUUUGGUACUAAACAUUUAUAAUUACUAUGUAAUUAUAAACAAAAAUACAUAAAGCUUUGAAUAUAAUUAUGUAGCAUAAAAGGUAAGAUUGUUCACUAUGAUGGCAUCUUAGAAUUAAAACUAUUUCUAGGGCUGAAAAGAAGACUGAUUUGAUGUGGUGUGAUUAUUCUGAGGAUGAAUGUCUGUUACGGGAAGGAUUUUGUGCUAAAAAUGCUUAUAUGUAUGUAUGGCUGUGUGUGUGUGUGUGUGUGUGUGUGAAAGAGAGAGAGAUUGGCAAAGGGAGAGAGACACAUACACACUCACACACACACACACACACACACACACACUUGAAUUGCUUUAAUUUGUGUUUCUGUCUUCAUUCUGACAAAUUCCCCAUGCUGGUAUGUUUUAAACUGAACCACAGGUACAGUUUCUCUUUUGCCAAAUGUCAGAACAGGUACACAUUUAAAAUGUAACGCUUU